ACGGAGGAAUUAAACGUUAUACUUCUAUCAUUAAAUCAAUUUUAAUUUGAAGAAAAUGUACUGAAAAAAGGAAAGUUGAAUCAUAAGAAAAGACACGAUGAACAACAAAGGAGAACCUAACACUGCACCAAAUCCAGAUCGAUGGUAUACUAUUUCCCUUGGUUCUUCUUUCAAGGAUGAACAACCGUCUUCCAAAUUCUGCACUUUACGCUAUGAAUUCAAGCCAGCUUCAAUUGAUAAAAGUCAAUCAGGAUUAUUACACAAAUCGAAAGACAACAAAAUUAGCGUUGAAUUUCAGAAUAAUCAACCUGGAAAACCUAAAGUGACAUUUGAAGGUACGAGUGAAGAUUACAAAGAAAACGACGCUGUUUUAUUCUUUGAUGGUCGUAGUUUUCGGCUUGAACGUCUUCAUCGUGCCGUUAAGCGUUUGCGUCAUGUUCGGUUACCUGGUGAAUCAUCGGCUGCUACAUUGGCAGCUGCUGAUGGUGGUUCACCGCCGUUUGGUAAAGGUGUUAAAGCUCAUCCUCCACCACCACCUCCGCCUUCAUCUCGGACGUCUUUUACGACUUCGUCGCUUCCACCACAACCUCCGGUCUCAGUUGAAGUUGAACGAAUUGAUAUUGGAGAUACAGGAAACUCUGGAGAAAACCCCAAGUUCGAGAAUUCUAUCAGCAGCCCUCCUCAACAAUCAAAUGCUUUGGUAUCGCCAGAUUCAAAGGACUUUGAUCUCGAAGAACAUUUAAACAUAAUGAAUGACGAUGAGGACGAUGCAUUUGGGCCUAGCAAAAACACGUCUGAAGAAAAGACAUUCCAUACAGGCAUUGAUAUCAACAUGCCACAGCAAAACGACACAGAUGAUGAGAUUGCCGAUGUAGAUGUCAACGACGAUAAUGGUGUUAUUAAUGCAGCAGAAGCUCUAAGAGCUCAGGUUAACGCAGGGGAAACAAAGGAACACACGUCCAGCUCCAGUGCCAGCAGCGGGAGCGAGAGUAGCGGGGGCAGUAGCAGCAACAGUGGAAGUGACAGCAGCGGUGGUAGUAGUGACAGUGAGAGCAGUGAUAAUGAAACGGUUAACUCUAUUUGAGUGCUGAAUUAAAAUACUGGUCAUGAUUCUGUUGAACCACCUUUUGCAUCAAUGGCCUUCACGAAUUGGGUGGUUUUAUUUUGUAAUGCUACUCUAAUUUCUGAGUUUUUUUUUCCUUCUAAGUUCUAACUUCUAACCGUUUGUUUCCAGUUUCCAUAGAGGUUAUUCAGGUUUUAACUUUUGACCCGUUAUUAGCACUUAUUUGUUAACGGGUUGGGUUUUUUUUAAAUUGGUCAUUAAUUGGUCGGAUCUUUAAUGGGUCGGUCAUUACAACAACAAUUAUAACAAUAUCACAAAUUCUUCUAUGAGAUGGUCUCACUGUGAGACAUGCCUCUUA